UAGAUUAGUGCGUGAGGGUUUUGUCUCCUCUCUUGGGUUUUCAUAGCGGCUUUCCCUGUUUGAUGCCGAGGCUGUCUGGCCGGCCCGUAAUGUGGUUGUCGGAGACGAACGUUCUCUACUCGAUUUGAUUGAGUUUGGGUUGCGUCCAGUGAUGCCGAUCUGUUGGUGUUUAUGCUCGGGUUUCCCCUGGGAGUGCUUGUCGGAGGUGUGGUUUCAACUUUCAGGUCACAGACUGGGAGUAAAACCGUUGACCCGGUCCUGGUCCGAACGAGCCGGGUCUAAACUUGGGUUGGGUGUUUGGGUCUGAGACUAGGCUGGAAUUAGCUUGGAACAAGAGCAGACGCAUUUGAAUUUUUUUUUCUUUUCUUUUCUUAAUUUUAAAGUAAGAAAUUAAAAUAAUAAUG